AGUAGUAGUCAUAAUAAACAUAGCGAAACGGAUGUACUACCUAAUAAAAUGUUGACAAAUAACGUAUUAUAACGUAGGCUCUUUCAGAUUGAAACUUCACUCUUUAAAACUAGAUCUUCGCCUCUCUCUCUCUCCCUCUCUCUCUCCGAUUACUCUUUUUCAAGUAAUGUUGAAGCGUGGAAUCAAAUCAAAGGCUUGGAAUGGGCCUCAAAAGUUUCGAAUCGCAAUUUUACUGUCUGUUAUUCUGAUUCUUGUACUUUUAAUAUUGUUAGUUCAUGAUAAUGGUAGAAAAAACAUAUUAUCAUCUGGACUUCUGAAGCAGAAAUGGAAUAGCUUUGAGUCUUUGGUGCAAUUUAAUCCAACAAUGGAGGUUCUGAAUGGGACAGAAUUGAUUUGGCAAAUACCUGAUACACCUAAGGCAGUUCUUUUUCUGGCACAUGGGUGCAGUGGCAGAGCUGUAAACUUUUGGGACAGAUCUUCUACCUGCCCUAAUUGUGUUGGUUUGCCUGAAGAAAGGCUACUCGUCCUUCAUGCUCUUACUCAAAAGUUUGCUGUUCUUACCAUAUCAAGUGCAGGUAGAUGCUGGACAUUUGGGGAGGAGAUGUUCAUUGUUAAAGAUAUUAUAAGGUGGUGGGUUGAGAAAAAUAAGCUUCAAAAGCUUCCUCUUGUGGCUUUGGGGGCCUCCUCUGGAGGGUACUUUGUUUCUGUUCUUGCCACUCAGUUGAAGUUCAGUAGUAUUACACUUAUGAUUGCUGAAGGCAGAUUUGAUCAAAUGGAUAUCACUGAGGAUUAUCCACCUACACUAUUUGUGCACAUGCCCAAAGAUCAAUCAAGGCAGCAGAAGAUAGAUGAAAAUUUGGAAAUUUUGAGAAAUAAAGGUGUUGAUGUCGCAGAGAUUGAAUGCAUGGAGUUCCCCUUGUCUUCACACUUUUUUGCGGACAGAAUUCCAGGUAUUGACCAAACUUUUUCUACUAAGUUGUUUGAACUUUUCCAAGAGAAGGGCUUCAUUGAUGAAAAUGGAUAUAUGAAAAAUGAUGGACGUGCUACACGUUGGAAACUAGCACUUAAGGAGAGUAAUAUCCAUUUGCCAGAUAAGCAUUUAGCACAACACAUCCAAGAGGAGUUGAAUCUUGCAUUUGCCUACCAUGAAAUGAUUAGCUUACAUUCUGACCAGAUCUUUAAAUGGUUUGAAUCUCAUAUAAGCUGAUCAGAACCUAUAUAGAGCCACAUUUUCCUCGGCCUUUAAGAUUUAUGUGGAAUAAAGUCUGGCCAGAAUCUGAAGCAAUUUGGUUGUACAGCAUAUAUAUCACUAAUUUUAUUGGCAAUCUCUCAAAUGUGAAUGAGAGUUGGAAAGUUUACCUGGUGAGAUCGUUCUUCCGAAUCAAUUAGAAUUUAAGUGAAUCACAUGAAGAAAAAGCUAUGGCAUUUUCCCAAAUGUAGACGCCUUGCUAGAAGCAUGCACACUGAAGUGUUAGGUAAAUGAUGCUAUCCAUGGAAAGUAAAACAGUAUUGAAUGUAAAUGCUUUAUUAUUCAACAUGUUAUGGAACUACAAUAGUCUCUGUUGCUUUAAUAGGAUCUUGGCAUGAUUGCUCUGAUUUAGGAUACAAUUUAAAUUUCCAUACUUGUCCAGACUAAAAAUCCAUGUUGAACAUGUAAAUUGAUGGGCAGGAUUUUAUUACAAUGGUGUAAAGAGAUUCAAUAUCCACUGUUUAUUCAGUCAUUUUUCUAUGAAGAA